AUGGACGACAAACCAACUAUCCUCCUCAUCCACGGGGCUUUCACUACAGCUGUGGACUGGAAACCUGUGAUAUCCCACCUUAACCAGUCCUUCCACAUUCUGGCCCCAGACCUGCCUAGCCAUGGAUCAGCGGGUGGAAUCUUCACCCUCGACAACGCAGCUGAUGCGCUAUAUACCCUGAUCCAUGAAUCAACAACCAGCAGGAAAGCCCAUGUCGUUGGCCACAGCCUAGGAGCUCAAGUCGCCAUCCGACUCGCCGAAAAGUAUCCCGAUGUAGUCGAUCAUAUGAUUGUUUCAGGAUUUGAGAUAUACCCAUCACUGCCAUCGAGCGACCGACUAUCCUAUAUCCUAUGGACAAUGAAUCGCGUGGAGAAUCUCGUCCCACGACCGGCGAUUAGAUGGCUCAUGGAUGGGACAGAUAUAGCUCGGAUAUCGCCUUCACUAGAGCUGUGUCGUCAAGUUGCAGAGACAAUGAAGACGGCUAAAUAUCCAGCUGCCUGGCCUGCGCCAACACUGAUUAUCGCUGCAGGUCGUGGAGGGAUAAUACCUUCGUAUGACCAUCCCGAGGAUGCCAAGAAGUUGGCUUCUAUUGGCAGUGAGCUCAAUGAUAAGACACUGGCUGUCACUCAUCCUCUGAUGAGGCAUCCCUGGAAUCGACAAGAUCCGCUGCUGUUUGCGAAUACUGCUCGGGGGUGGAUUCAGGGUGACUAUAGUGUACCGGCGGGGUUUGAGCGCCUCUAA